AUGGACGAUCUGUUCAAUGUGUUUGAGGAUAAACCCCUUUCAGGAAUUCCUCCUCAAGGAGCCCCCAAACCUCGAGCCAAGAAGGACAAGAGCAGAAAGAGACAGUCAAAUGGGCUUGUGAAGGAUGGUUCUAAUACGGCGGGAGAUCAGGAGAAUGGCGAGAUUGUAGAUACCCCGAUGGAAGAUGCAGGUGCAGCGGAACCUCCUGAAGCGCAAAAUGGCCUACCCGACGCGAAGCGACAGCGCAUUCAGGCAGAACCAGAGACUGUCGUUGCCGAUACCUUCGAAACCGAGCAGUCGCGUGAGAUCGCAGGCUCUGCCGGUCUUCAAGGCGCCCAGGAUACCAAAGCUGUCGUCCUAUCCCAUCAAGUGCGCCAUCAAGUAGCCUUACCUCCCGAUUAUCCAUACGUCCCAAUCUCGGAGCACAAACCUCCAGAAUCUCCGGCCAAGACAUGGAGCUUCACUCUUGACCCUUUCCAACAGGUCUCUAUCGCGUCAAUCGAGAGAGGGGAGAGCGUUUUGGUAUCUGCUCAUACUAGUGCUGGAAAGACAGUGGUUGCAGAAUAUGCCAUUGCGCAAAGCUUAAGAAAUAACCAGAGGGUUAUAUAUACGAGUCCUAUCAAGGCGCUGAGCAACCAGAAGUACCGAGAAUUUGCUGCUGAAUUUGGCGAUGUGGGAUUGAUGACCGGUGACGUAACGAUAAAUCCCACAGCAACAUGUCUCGUCAUGACAACUGAAAUUUUGCGAUCCAUGUUAUACAGAGGUUCUGAGAUUAUGCGCGAGGUGGCCUGGGUAGUUUUUGACGAGAUACAUUACAUGCGAGACAAGACGCGUGGUGUUGUAUGGGAAGAAACUAUCAUUCUUCUUCCAGAUAAAGUUAGAUAUGUUUUCCUCUCCGCAACAAUUCCGAAUGCGAUGCAAUUUGCCGAAUGGAUUACCAAAAUGCACAAUCAACCAUGCCACGUCGUCUAUACCGAUUUCCGACCAACCCCUCUACAACAUUACUUUUUCCCUGCUGGUGCUGACGGAAUCCAUCUAAUUGUUGAUGAGAAAGGGGUUUUUCGUGAAGAGAACUUCCACAAAGCCAUGGAGUCGAUAGCAGAAAAGCAAGGCGAGGAUCCUGCUAAUCCGAUGGCUAAAAGGAAAGGCAAAGGCAAGGAUAAGAAAAUAAAUAAAGGAGAGGGUAGCAAGGGCCCUUCAGACAUCUUCAAGAUCGUAAGGAUGAUCGUGAUGAAGAAUUACAACCCGGUUAUCGUUUUCAGUUUUAGCAAGAGGGAGUGUGAGGCCUUUGCCCUACAGAUGAGCAAGAUGGCAUUCAACGAUGAAUCGGAGAAAGAUAUGGUCAGCAAGGUUUUCAAUAGUGCCAUUGAAAUGCUCUCAGAUGAGGACAAGGAGCUGCCUCAAAUUAAACAUAUCCUACCGCUGUUGCGACUGGGGAUCGGGGUUCAUCACUCUGGUCUUCUCCCAAUUCUCAAGGAAACUAUUGAAAUCCUGUUUCAAGAAGGCUUGAUCAAAGUGCUCUUUGCCACAGAGACGUUCUCUAUUGGAUUGAACAUGCCUGCGAAGACCGUGGUUUUUACGAGUGUCCGGAAAUUCGAUGGCGUAAGCCAGCGCUGGAUUACUCCGUCUGAGUUUGUGCAGAUGUCCGGCCGUGCCGGACGUAGAGGUCUGGACGACCGUGGCAUUGUCAUUAUGAUGAUAAAUGAGGAGAUGGAUCCGACAGUUGCGAAGGAGAUCGUCCGUGGAGAGCAAGACAAGCUUAACUCAGCUUUUCAUCUAGGUUAUAACAUGAUAUUAAAUCUGUUACGAGUAGAAGGUAUAUCACCGGAGUUUAUGUUGGAGCGAUGCUUUUAUCAAUUUCAAAAUACUGCUAGUGUAGCGGGAUUGGAAAAAGUAGAACUCGUCGAACUGGAGAAGGAGCAUGCCAGUAUGGUAAUUGCUGAUGAAGGGACGAUACGGGAGUAUUAUGAGCUGAGACAAAAUAUCGCGACAUACACCUCAGAUAUGCAGAGCGUGAUCACUCUUCCCAACUACUGUUUACGUUACAUGCAGGUGGGGCGCCUUGUUCAAAUACAAUACAUGGACUACGACUUCGGAUGGGGCGCUGUUGUCAACUACCAGAGACGGAAACCUCCUAGAAACUCCCCGAAUGAACAGUAUCCCCCGCAUGAGAGCUACGUUGUCGAUGUCUUGCUCCCGAUUUCGGAGGAUUCGGCAUUCACAACGAAAACCAUAGAACCCCUGCCUCCUGGUAUUCGACCCACACAACCGGGGGGGAAGGUCCGGUUAGAAGUUAUUCCCGUGCUCCUUUAUUGCAUCAAAACAAUCUCCCAUAUUCGACUUCGUUUGCCUCAAGACCUCAAGCAAGCUAGCACAAGGAACGGAAUUCACAGGCAUAUUAUGGAAGUUCAGAGGCGAUUCCCCGAUGGAGUUCCACUUAUAGACCCCAUUGAGGAUAUGGGCAUCAGGGACGACUCCUUUAAGAAACUCCUAAGGAAAAUCGAAGUGCUCGAAUCGCGUCUAUUAUCCAAUCCACUCCAUAACUCCCCUAGACUUCCAGACUUAUAUGACCAAUACGCGGCUAAAACCGAACUUGCAUCAAAGAUCAAAGCGACAAAAAAGAAAAUCACAGAGGCCAUGUCGAUAAUUCAACUAGACGAGCUAAAAUGUCGCAAACGUGUCCUUCGUCGCUUCCAAUUCAUCAACGAGGCGGAAGUCGUCCAGCUGAAGGCCCGUGUCGCAUGUGAGAUCAGUAGCGGCGAUGAGCUGAUGUUGAGCGAGCUCCUUUUCAACGGAUUUUUUAAUAACCUCACACCCGAGCAGUGCGCGGCUGUUCUUAGCGUGUUUGUCUUUGAAGAAACUUCCAAGGAAACACCGCCAAUUUCCAAGGAGGAGCUUGCAAAACCGCUGCGGGAUAUCCAAGCUCAGGCGAGGGUUAUUGCUAAAGUGUCGCAGGAAUCUAAGCUGACUGUCAAUGAGGACGAAUAUGUGAAGGGGUUCCGAUGGGAGUUGAUGGAGGUUAUCUAUGAAUGGGCGAAAGGGAAAUCAUUUGCGGAAAUUUGCAAAAUGACGGAUGUCUAUGAGGGAAGCUUGAUCCGCACAUUCCGCCGGCUGGAGGAGUGUAUGCGGCAGAUGGCACAGGCUGCGAAGGUGAUGGGUAGUGAAGAUUUGGAGAAAAAAUUCGAGAAGUCGCUGGAGAUGGUGAAGCGAGAUAUCGUCGCAGCGCAAUCGUUAUAUCUAUAG